AUGAAAUUGUUCAUUGCUGUGCCGCAUUACUGGCAGUUGCAUCUUGCGCACCGCUCGACUCACUGGGUGGAUUCAGAAAUGGUGGAAUUGAUUGCCCGGAGACGGCUCCCAGCCCUGGAGCACGAGGAGCUGAGGGAACCGUGGUCUCGGAGCGAGGCCGCCUCGUGCCCACUGAAUGGAGGAUACGUGCUCAUCACCGAAGGCGAGAUCUCCUUUGUCGGUGACGAUUGCGACCUGUACAUUAGCAAAUACAGCGCUGGCAUUGAUGGUUACCAAGUAGAAAGCAACCACCCUUUGAAAGCACCAGAACACGUACAACCUAUUGAAGUUGUUAGUGAUAGCGAAUAA